AUGGCGGAUGACACGCCAAGCCGAAGGCAGUCCAUCUCUCUCACACCCGAGGCCCAUGGCCUAGAGAACAUGGGAGCUGAGUUUUUGGAAAGCAUGGAGGAAGGCUGCCUCCCGGGCAGUGAUUUGAGCCCCACAGAGGGUGGGGGCAGCUGGAGCAAGCCAGGCCGGAAGCUUUUCUCUGGAUGGAGCCUGCAGCCGGCCCUAAGAGCAAGAAGUUUCUGCAAGGACCAUGCCCAGCUGUUCCGAUGGAUCUGCAUAGGACUGCUUUGUACUGCGUACGCGGCCUUCCUGCUCAUCGCCUGCCUCCUGGAUUUCCAGAGGGCGCUGGCACUCUUUGUGCUGACCUGUGUGGCCCUCGUCUUCCUGGCCCAUGGCCUGCUGAAGAGGCUUCUGGGGCCAAGGCUGAGGUGUGUGAGGCUCCGGAGCCGGUCCCGCCUGAACCUCUGGUGUAAGAGAGUUCUGGCCCUCGCUGCUGUCCUAGGCCUGGUCUUGUGGCUGUCUCUGGACACCGCUCAGCGGCCUGAGCAGCUGGUAUCCUUUGGGGGGAUCUGUGUGUUCAUCACCCUCCUCUUUGCCUGCUCCAAGCAUCACCGCGCUGUGUCCUGGAGGGCUGUGUCCUGGGGCCUCGCCCUACAGUUUGUGCUUGGACUGUUCGUCAUCAGGACAGAACCAGGAUUCAUUGCAUUCCAGUGGCUGGGCGACCAGAUCCAGGUCUUCCUGAGCUACACAGAGGCCGGCUCCAUCUUCGUGUUUGGGGAAGCUCUGGUCAAGGAUGUCUUUGCCUUUCAGGUGUUGCCCAUCAUUGUUUUCUUCAGCUGCGUCAUGUCAAUUCUCUACCACGUGGGCCUCAUGCAGUGGGUGAUCCUAAAGAUUGCCUGGUUGAUGCAGGUCACCAUGGGCACCACAGCCACGGAGACUUUGAGUGUGGCAGGAAACAUCUUUGUGAGUCAGACCGAGGCUCCUCUACUGAUCCGGCCCUACUUGGCAGAUAUGACACUUUCUGAAGUCCAUGUUGUCAUGACUGGAGGCUAUGCCACCAUCGCUGGCAGCCUGCUGGGUGCCUACAUCUCCUUUGGGAUCGAUGCGGCCUCUCUAAUUGCUGCCUCCGUGAUGGCUGCCCCUUGUGCCUUAGCCCUCUCCAAGCUGGUCUACCCUGAGGUGGAGGAGUCCAAGUUCAGGAACGGGCAAGGAGUGAAGCUGAGCUACGGAGACUCCCGGAACCUGGUAGAAGCAGCCAGCAGCGGGGCUGCUCUCUCAGUGAAGGUCGUAGCCAACAUUGCUGCUAACCUGGUCGCAUUCCUGGCUGUGCUAGCCUUCAUCAACGCCGCCCUGUCCUGGCUGGGCAGCAUGGUAGAUGUGCAGGAGCUCAGCUUCCAGCUCAUCUGCUCCUAUAUCCUGCGACCGGUGGCCUUCCUGAUGGGCGUGGCCUGGGAGGACUGCCCCGUGGUGGCCGAGCUGCUGGGCAUCAAGCUGUUUCUGAAUGAGUUUGUGGCCUACCAGGAACUCUCCCAGUACAAGCAGCGCCGCCUGGCAGGGGCUGAGGAAUGGGUCGGCACCAAGAAGCAGUGGAUCUCCGUCAGAGCAGAAGUCCUCACGACCUUUGCCCUCUGUGGAUUCGCCAACUUCAGUUCCAUUGGGAUCAUGCUGGGAGGCCUGACCUCUCUGGCCCCCCAGCGAAGGAGGGACUUCUCCCAGGUGGUGCUGCGUGCGCUCCUCACGGGGGCCUGCGUGUCCCUGGUGAAUGCCUGUGUGGCAGGGAUCCUCUACGUGCCCAGGGGGGCGCAGGUGGACUGUGGACCCCUCCUGAACAGCACCCUGGACAGCAGCAGCUUUGAGGUGUACCAGUGCUGCCGCCAGGCCUUCCAGAGCACCAACCUGGAGUUCAGCCCUGAGGCGCUGGCCACCUGCUGUCGGUUUUACAACCACACGGCCUGCGCUUAG